CCACUGACACUUGCAAAAGAGAUAAGCUAAUCAUGACAUUUAAGCACGGAAAGGGUUUAUAAAAUCAAACUACCAAAAAUGCUUGAUCAAAAGAAGGUGAAAUCAGAAAUCAACUGGGGUUGUCGAUUCUCGUAAAUUUCCACUUUUUGCCGCUUCCUUCGUAUUCUUGUCGCCGAUAAACUGCGACGAAGGAAAAACCAAAAUGUGAAGCAAUUAUCAUGAUCUCAGGAUGAAGGUAAUUCCACCAAUGAAAAGUGAUUAGGUUUUUGCGGACUGCAAACGAAUUCCCGUUCUGCAAACUGGGUGUUCAUGUUUUAGCAGGUUUUUCAAUUGAUGCAUCCACCAUUACCGGCAAAAUUGUAAAUGAGAAAUUCGUGUGGAGGAACGAUCACCGAAAGCUUGAGGCUUGACAAGCUUGAGGAUUGAUUUGUCUUCCGCGAUUUGCUGUAUCGGAAAAACCUUAUUUACAACCUGAAAGCGUAACUUUCUAAGUUAGCGAUAUGCCCCCGCGAAAUCUGGACGUAACACGAUCACAAUCGUCCAUGAAUAUCGAAAACCUAACAUCAAUUCCCGUUGGAGGAAGCAUUACUCUGAUAAACUACUCCCAUACGCAACUACCGACUGAAUGCAACACGAGCUCGGCGAAAGAUCGCGGUUGGGCUUGGGUUGUGUGCGGCGGAUCUUUUUUCGUCAUGUUCAUGGUUUAUGGAAUUCAUACGUCGUUCGGUGUUCUUCUUGUGGUAUUACUUGAUCAUUUCAAUGCAAACAAAGCAAGUACCGCUUGGAUUGGUUCAAUAUCUGUCAAUCUUCUCUUCCUCUUUAGCCCCGUCACCAGUUCUCUUGCGGGGCGUUAUGGUGUCCGUAUUGUCACGAUCGCUGGAGGACUUGUUAUGAGUGUUGGACUUUUUCUCAGCUCAUACGCGCCUAGUCUUUUAUUUCUGUACAUCAGCUACGGUUUACUGCUGGGGAUAGGAACGAGUCUUUGUGCGACAAUGGCACUAAUUGUGUCAGCGGACUACUUCGACAAACAUCUUUCUUUAGCCACCGGUAUUGUCGCAUCGGGAAGCAGUUUUGGAACUGUAGUUUUCCCACCUACUCUGCAACUCAUUGUACAACGAUACGGAUGGGAAUCUUCUUUUCGUAUAAUGGGUUUAGGGGGGAUAAUGAUGGCCAUUACAGGACUGGUUUAUAGGUCCGUGAACAGGCAAAAUCAUGUUCCUCUCGGCGCUGAAAGAAAUCAGUGCUUUGAUAUGUCGGUGUUAAAUAAUCGCGGCUUUGUGCUGUGGACGGUUGCUACUACCAUAGCAGGAUUUGGUUAUUUUAUACCGCAUUUUUUUCUAGUGCGACAUUCUGAAGACCUGGGAAUACCGCUGUCCCAAGGCAGCUGGCUCAUUUCCUAUCUCGGAAUCUCCUCGGCUCUCGGUCGGUUGCUCUUUGGGCGAAUCUCGGAUGCGUGUUCUUUUAAAAACAUUCAUAUAUACCGUUUAUGCAUGUUCUUAUCUGGGUUAGCCUCGGUAUUAUGUCCCUUAGCAAGCUCCUACUGGGCCCUUGUCGUGUAUGUUGUGGUGCUGGGAAUUCUGGAUGGUUCCUAUAUCGGACUGAUGUCUAUUGUGACCCUGGACAUUGUGGGAGUGCACAAAAUUGCCCCUGCCUGGGGAAUCUUGUUUUUCUGCCAGUCUUUCACUUAUUUACUAGGCCCUCCAACAGCAGGUUUCAUGUACGACCAUCUAAAAACGUUUAAACCUGUUUUUUAUUUGGCCGCUGGACCCAUGAUUUUUGGCGCAUUUCUAUUGCUCUUCGCCACACUGUGUAAGUCAAAUCAGACUUCUCUCGGCCGGCAGGACGUCACUAGCCUGGUGUCUUCUCCUAAACACUACAAUGGACUGCACUCAAGUUAUCGACGCUGUUCUUGUCCUCCAAAAAUCUUGUUGACUGCACCAGGAGACAGAGAAUCUUUGAUAGUUGUGGAGCGGUUGACGGUCAUUUGAUGUUCAGAACUAAGAAUAUCGGUCUUAAUUAACCCUUUGACUUCCAAGAUCUAAUUGUUAAUUCUCCCCUUUAGUUGCUAUACAAUUCAUUGUAAAUUAGUUACGAGAACUUGGUGUUAGAUCAAGAUAGCAACUUCUACCUGAUAACUUUGAGUAUCCUAAAUAAUGUAUGGAUAUUAUGGGGAGAAAUUGUAUGUUAAUCUGACUUCUGGGAGUUAAAGGGUUAAAGCGACGAUCUUCGUAAAGGGUUUGGUGUAAUGGAAGUCUGACAUGACUUUGAAGUAAAUUUUGAAAUUUUUUAAUAAAGUUUUGUUCGAUUUAU